AUGGCGUCUUAUGAUGUCUCCGUGCUCACUGCUGAAAUUGUGAUUACGAUCAAGCAAGAAUUUGUGGAAGGCGAUGGGAUGUCUUCCAAAUCGUCACUUAAUCUUUGCUCAAGCGAGGGACGAUCACCAUUAAUUCAAACCGCAAGCAUUCCCGAAAGUUUCUCACCAUCAUCGGAUCUCGAAAUGCAUCUGUCCCAGGCACACACAUCUUCGGGUUACGAGCCACAGGAUUUUAUGCCAUCAAGUGGCCACCUCUCAGAUCCCUCUCAAUACGUCUUAGCGGUGCCUCCGCCAUCUUCUGCCACUCCCACUCACACUUACUUUCCUCCCUCACAACCUCAAACCGAUCCCUACUAUUCAACUUACUCGCGCCAAUAUGAGGCUAACGAAGUGAACAAACCUAUCGGUUUCCAGCCCACCUACUCAACCAGUAUCUACCAGACCAGCCAGUACGUCACAAUGGAUACUUCGAAUCAGAAGCUGGUCGUCAAUACCCAGGAUGUCUGCUUCGGCCAAACCGGCUAUCGACAAAUGUUGGGUACUAUGAUGAACCACCUGGUACCUCCAGGCAGCCAACUCUGUCAGGUGGCAAAGGACAGUCUCCGACAGCGCGUGCCUACAAUGGUUGCAGUGUCGAGACCAUCGGGGUCAUCGCGUGCUAAGGUCACGAACGACGUGACAGCAAUGAAGGAGAAGACUCCAUGUGACAUCUGUGGUGAUGUCUCCGCGGGAUUUCACUGCAAUGCCUACGUUUGUGAAGCAUGCAAGGUGAGGCUUUUAGGAGCUGCAGUGUGUCCAGCCAAUGAUAUCUCGAUCAUCCCUUGCCGCGUUUGUGGCGCACAAUCGUCCGGAUUCCAUUUUGGCGCCAUCACCUGCGAGGGCUGCAAGGGGUUUUUCAGAAGAACGAUAAGUGAGAGGGAUAACCAGCGGUACACCUGCCGCAAUGGAGGCACAUGCCUCAUAACUCUAGCUACUCGCAAUAACUGCAAGAGUUGCCGUUAUCGCAAGUGCCUCUCCGUUGGCAUGUCAAAAGAUGGGAGUCGUAUUGGAAGACAACCGAAUGCAGUGAAGCACAUGUGUGCCAUAGAGAUCGAGCGAAUAAAAUCGAAGCUAAGUUCCUCCGCUGUGCCAACACCUCCGCCCUCUUCGGGGUCGUCAAAUCCUUCCAACACUACCGUCUAUUUUGAGCACCAACAACAGCAACAACAUCAACACCACCAGCAUCAACAACAGCAGCAGCACACUUUACAUCAGACAGGCAAUUCCCUCUACCAAUCGACAAAAGUGGAGGAAAGUGGGGUUACACAGGACCUCCUUUUUCCUCCCUGGACCCCUUCAAACUACCCUUCCUACUAUGAAACAAGUAGUCACGUUGGUCUACCUGAAAUCACUGCUAUUUCGACCUCUAACAAGACUGGCGCCGGCCUGGAACAACAGCGUUUCGCCAAGUUGGCGGAAUUAGCGGGUGACAAUGAGAUGCCACAGUAUACGAGUGCUGCAGGAACAGCUGGAGCAAUGGAUAUCUAUGAUAGUCGUUAUAGUGGAGUGACGCCAAGGAUAAGGGCCGGCUCCGAUGCAAGUUCUCUGCGAGGUCCGCGGCAUACACCUGUUGGUGCUACCGCUGGCGCUGAUGACCCCGUUCUUCCCUCCAUUCAAGCUACUGCAAUACAGCAGCAGCAACAACAACAACAGCGGGAGACAAGAGCAACUGCUUCAGUGGCUGGAGCUCUGCCCACAAACGCUUCACAUUUAUGCGAUUCUUCUGCCUCAGCGGUCACUAUGAGUAGCUACGAAAAGGCAGCACUAUCAAGUCUCAUACGACUGGCCAAGCAAGUCCAGUCAGCAAACAACAGUAGCAGCACUAGCAGCAGUGGUAGUGGAGGCAACGAAACGACCUCGGUAGGAAGGCCAACGCAGAUCCAAACAACUGGUCAUCUGAACGAACACUUUCCACCAAUUGAAGGUUUACAGCAGCCACUCCCACUGCAACAAAUGCGAAUUAGGAAUAUGCAGUCUAUGGAGGCUGGAGGGGACAACGACGGUACGACUGGGAGUUCUAGUGCAAGAAAGACAAUAGUGGCGACAGAGGUGGUGCUGAACGAUUUAGUAGCGAUGGCGAGAGGGGAGGGCAGCUCGCCUGAGGAUGAGGCGGGUAAGCUGCUAAAUCGGUCGCGAGGACAUCUCUCUGUGGAUGCUCUUAUGGUGGAAAAAUGCGACGCGCCAAAUGUCCCCUCGAUAGCUCCGUCUUUCGCUCUGAGUGAAGAUCGAUUUACAACGGAUGAUUACCUACCGAUGAACAGUCUUUACUCCAACCCAAAGUCGUUUGAACCUGACACGCGAAGUCACAAUGGCACACCAAUGGGAACGGGUAUACCUCCGCAGACAUCAGUAUCCUUCACCUCCCAGAUGUCCCUUGAAGCAUUUGUCGAUUAUGUAGCUGAGGCGGCCGUUCACUUAGAUAACUGUCGGCAGCGGGUGACAGGAGAUUUCCUGCUCGAGUCAGAGGUGACGGCGGCGACAAUGUGGGCGCACGUGAUGGCUCAGUUUGAGGCACACGCGCACCAAAUCAUCCGCUUCGCGCGCGCCAUCCCUGGAUUCCGCGACUUACCACGGGAAGACACAAAAUUUCUUGUUCAAGCCUCCAUGUACCCCAUCGUGUUGAUCCAGUUAUCGCGUGAGCCUCUUCCAGGCGGCGACUUUAACUUUUAUAACUUCUCACCCUGUGAGAGGCGCCACCUGCUUGCAGAGUUCCCUCAAAUCAAUCCUCUGGCCGAACACUUUUACGAGCUCACUAACUUCCUAGGUCCUCUAAAUCUUGACAAUACGGAGGCUGCUCUCCUCUGCAGUAUCAUCUUUCUUCGUGGAUCAAACCAAAAGCUGUUCGAGGCAGGGAAGAUUUACGAAAUUUACAAUCAUGCUGCCUCCGCCCUACAGCAAUACAUUACAGUACGUUACUCGAGCGAUGAAAGGUUCACGCACCUAAUAAAACUCCUUCCGAGUCUCUCAAGUAUGAAUGAGGCUCAUCGGACAGCCAUGCGAGACUUGCGUCAAUCUCGUCCCGAAAUUCACUUCUCUGAUCUCUUUGUACAAAUGUUUCAAUUGGAGAGCAAUAGCCAAUCCGGCGGCGUAGUUCAGUCACUCGACGGAGGCGACCACGGAUUGGUUAAUUCGAAUGAAUGA